AUGUAUUUCGUGCUUUUUCUCAAUAUUUUACAUUCCAACUGGUCGCCGAACAUUCUCUACACCGUCUUUGUUUCCACUAUUGCUCUCUAUCUGUUUUUCUGUAAAUUUCUGGCUGUAGUGGCGAAUUCCAGAGAACAUGCCAGAACCAUCGUCACCUUGUUCCUUUUCGCCUACGCGUUUACUCCUGUGAUACGUGUCUCCUAUCCAACAUCAGUUAGCAGUGGUCUGAGCUCUGCAAUUUUCCUGCUUUCCCGUCUCGAAGAGGACACUCCAACCCUCCUCCUUCUUGUCAUUGCAUUCACUCUCCACGCCUACGGAGCCGAAUUCCGGAAUCGGAUGUUCCACGUGUAUCCUGUCGCCUCCUCGCUAAUUUUCACCGUUUUAUCCUUGUUUUCUGUCUAUUGCAUCUCUUCGUUUUCCGUUGAACUUUCCGUUUUUUGGGCUUUACUUCAUGUCUUCAUUCUUUUCGUGUGUCCAUUAAUUCUUAUUUUGAAGCAAACCGGUAAAUGCACGAUUCAUGGACCGUGGGAUGAAGCGGUUCCCAUUAAAUCGAUGAAUUAA